AUGGCGUCCGUCACCACACCGCCCCCGGGCAAGUUCAACUGGCUCGUAGUCGUUCCCGACAAGCCGGGCACCCGGGAGAAGAGGCUGGAAGUUCGCGCCCAGCACUUUGAGGGCAUCAAGAAGUACGUCGAGUCCGGGCAGUUAAAAACGGGAGGCGCCGUCCUAAACGACAAGCCCGAAAGCGACGACCCCGCCAAGUUCGACUGGUACGGCAGCACGUUGAUCCUCGUCGCCGAGUCCAAGGAGGAGGUCAAGGCUAUCCUCGAGCAGGAUGUUUACACCAGAUCCGGAGUCUGGGAUACUGACAAGGCUCUGAUAUUAGCGACCAAGUUGGCGGCUUGGGCUACCAACUGA